AUGGUCCGCGUCUUCGGCGCCGCGAAGCUCCUGCGCGUGCUCGCGCGGCGCUGGCUCGGCGGCCUCGUGGACCUCGAGGCCGUGCAGGUGGCCGUGUGGAGCGGCGAGCUCGAGCUCUUGAACGUCGCCCUGAGCGGCGCGCGCGUCGAGCGGUUCCUGGAGGUGCUCGGCGUCCGCGGGCGCGCCGUCGCGGCGCGCGCGCGGCGCGUCGCCGUGUCCGUGCCCGUGAGCUGGCGCAAGGGCGCGCGCGUGCGCAUCGUCGUCGACGGCGCCGUCGGCGUCGUCGACGCGCGCGGCGGCGGCGGCGCGCGCGGCGCGAGCGCGCGCGAGGCGGCGGCGCGGCGCGCGCUCGCCGCCGACGACCGGGCCGCGGCGCGGGGCGACGGCGCGCAAUACAGCUACUGGCGCGCGUUCGCGAGGCGCGUCGCCGAAUCCGUCGACGUCGUCGUCCGCGACGCGGGCGCGCGCGCGCUGCUGCCCGGCGGCGGCAGCGUCGGGCUGGGCGUCGACGAGGUCGCCGUCGAGGCCGCGCCGCGGGACGCGUCGACGGCCUGGACGAAGACCGUCGCGUGCCGGGGGCUCUGCGCGUACCACGCGCGUCCGGGGGAGGUUUCGGGAGACGGCGACGCGCGCGUCGCCGGCGACGACGCGGCGCGGCUCGGCGACGACGUGCGGGCCGCGCGCGACGCGGCGCUCGACGUGCCCGCGGCCGUGGUGCUGCGCCCCUGCGGCUUCGAGGCGCUCGCGAUGGACGGCGCGACGUCGGCGCCCUGGGACGCGAGCGUCUCCUUCCACCGGCUCAAGGCGCUCCGCGACGCCCUCGCGCCCGACGGCGACGACGCGCGGCGGUCGCCGGCGGCGGAGGUCCGCGCGUUCCGCGGCGGCGCCGCCGUCGGGCCGUACGCGUACGCGCUGCUCCGGCCCGAGGGCAGGAGCGCGAGAAGCCUCGUGGUCCGCGGCCGCCUCGCCGCGCGGCGGGCCUACGUGCGCUGCCGCGCGGGGCCCCGGGGCUCCGCGGAGGAGCGCGCGCUCGAGGCGCUCUUCGCGCCGGACCAGCUCCGGCUCUUCCGCGCGCUGUCGUCCGCGCCGCCGCGGCUCGCGCCGUCGCUCUCCUCCGGCAGCGACGUCGUGCUCGACGAGGAGAUGGACGCCGCCCAGGAGUCGCUGCGGCGCGCGACGGGCGUCGAGGUGUCCUGCCGGCUCCGCGGCGCGUUGCGGGCCGCGGUCCGCGACGGCGCGGACGCGCCGCUCGCGCGCUGCGCGGGCUCCGUCGACGCGCGCGCGGCCGCGCGCUUCGACGACACGGCCGUGGGCGCCUGGUCCUUCGGGCUGAGCCUCGGCGCGGACGCCGCCGUCGAGGACGCGUCGUCGGACGCCGCGGCGGCCCGGGGCCGCUUCGCGUGGGUCGCGCGGGCCCGGCGGGACGCCGCGCCGGUUGCGGCGGACGACGCGGCCAUGCCGAACCGGCCGCCGGGCGACUGGGCGUUCUUGGACGCCGCGGCGGACGCGCUGCUCAAGGUCGCCGUCGUCGGCGACGCCCUCGAGCGCGUCGACGCGUCCCUCUGGUGCGCGCGCGUCGACGGCGUGCUGAACUGGCCCGUGCUCGGGCGGCUCAUCGGCGCCUGGCACGACCUCCGGGGCGACCCGCCCGACGCGGCGCCGGACGCGGCGCCGCCGCCGCCGCCGGCGACGCGGCCCGUCUUCCACGCGGAUUUCGCGACCGUGGGCUGCCGCUUCACGCUGCCCUACGAGUGGGAGCGCGACCGGGGCGCCGUCGUCCUCGGCUGGGACCGCGCGCGCGGGACCGUGGACACGACGCUGGACGACCCGACGCUCGGCAGCUACGCCGACGCCGAGGCCUUCCUCGAGUCGUGCCUCGUCGCCGGCGAGGAGCGGGGCAGCGACCUGCGCGUCGCGUCGACGCUCUUCUCGGCGACGUGCGAGUCGGCGGGCUUCUACGUGACGGAGACCGCGCCGCUCGACUACGACGCGCUCGUGGACGCCGCGCGCGCGGGCCCGUCCUUCGCGGCGGGCGACGCGCUGCGGCCCACGCUCGAGCCCCUCGAGGGCUGCGCGCUGACCCUGGGCGUGUCGCGGCUCGCGGACCGGGGCACGCUCCGCGUCGGCGUCGUCGUCGUGUUGCCCGAGAAGGCGCGGUGCCGCGUGCUCGUCGACGGGCCCCGGCUCUCGCGCAUCUUCGCGAUCCUCGGCGACUACCUCGGCGGCGUGCCGCCGCUCGACGCGACCGGCGACCGGCUGCCGCCGCGGGAGCCGCGGGACGCCGAGUCGCCGCGGGACGGAAGCGCGCCGCCGCCGCCGCGCGCGACGCAGGUCGAGAUCCGCCUCGUGGUCCCGACCUGCGACGUCUCGCUCCUCGGCGCGCCGCGCGAAACGCCGGAGCUCGCGCGGUGCUGCCUCGUCAGGGUCCGCGGGCUCCGCAUCGCGACGCGGCAGCGCGACCGCGGCGACGUCGGCUACCGCGGGCAGCGCUACGCCUUCGACGACGUCUUCAUCGACGUGCGCGACGAGCGCGAUCUAGAGCGCGACGCCGCGCGGGCGUCGUCGCUCAUCGAGGGCACGGGCGGCGGCGCCUUCGAGUACUUCGCGCGGUGGCCGGCCGUCGCGGACCGGCCGCCUCCCCCGGUCGGCGACCGCUGCGCGAGGGCCCUCGACCGCGCCUUCGGCGAGGCCGGCGCGGACCUCCAUCGGCCGCCGCCCGACGGCCUGAAGCGCCUCGUCGUGGCGCAGCCCCGCGUGCGCACGGCGCUCGCGGACGCGCUCUUCGCGCUCCGGUCGCUGCUGGGGCUGCUCGGCGGCUUCGAGCCGAAGACGGCCUGGACCUACUACCGCGAGGACGAGCCGUCGCUGGCGCGCCACUCGCCGGCGGCGGCGCCGGCGCCGAAGCGGCCGCCCCUGCGGCGCGGGUCGUCGUCCGCGGAGCACGUCGAGCGCGCGCUCGGCGCCUUGGCCGGCGACCGCUGCGCGGACGCGGCGGCCGCGCGGCGGCGGCACCAGCUGCUGCGCAAGGCGACGAGCCGCAGCAAGCGGUCGCUCCAUCCCCACGUCCUCAGACGCGUCGAGUCGCUGUCCCACGACGAGCUCCGGUCCGUGGCCCGCCUCGAGUACGACUUCCGCGACUACGACGUCGUCGUCGCCUCCCGAGCGGAGAAGCGCCCCCUCGUCCGCUGCCGCGGCGACCUCGUCUACGCCACGGACGACGACAACGUCGGCGCCUUCGAGAAGUACCUGACCGUCAAGGCCUGCCGCGUCGACGCGUACCGCGUGCGCACCGCGCGCUGGGAGCCCCUCGUCAAGCCGGGCUUCGCCGUCGAGCUCGCGUCGUCGCUGGCGCCCGGGCGCUCGUCGCGCGGCGCCGUGCUCUGCGACGAGCCCGUCGAGUGCACGCUGACCGUCGACGCGGCCCGGGCGCUGCGCGCGCUCGCGCGCGAGUGCCGCGACGUGUCGCAAGCCGCGCGCGACGCCGGCGGCGAGACCGCCGCGCCGCGGACGUCGGCGACGCUCGAGAACCGCACGGGCGUGGCGCUCGUCGUCGACGUCUUCGACGCCCAGGGCGACGCCCUGGGCGCGCUCGAGGUUCCCCGGGGCGACGUCGCGCGGCUGCCGGCCGGCGCGGCGGACUGCCUCGCGACGGCGCGCUACGGCGACCUGCGCUGGCGCUGCCCGAAGCCCCUCCCCUGCGCCCGGGCCGCGGCGCUCUCGGUGCGCACGUUCCGGGGCCGCGACGGCCUGCCGGUGCCGAGCCGGCCGUCGACGCCGACGCCGCGGAGGCGCGCGUCGUCGGAGGGGCGCGAGGCGACGCUCCGGCGGAGCGACCUGCACCGGCGCGCGCGCGCGUUCGCCGCCGACGCGUCGAGUGCGAGCCGGGGCGUCGACCUGCGCUGGGUCGGCGUCUUCGACGACCGCGGCGCGCUGCGGAUCUCGCUCGAGGCCGCGCUGUCCGUCGAGAACGCGGCCGGCGUCGACGUCCUCGUGAGCGCCGGCGGCGAGUCCUGCGUCGCCCGGGCCGGCGGCCCGGGCCGGCCCCGAGUGACGCCCGUGCCGCUCCCCCUCGCCGACGUCGCGCUCGGCGACGCCGCGGCGCGGCCGGCGGCGGCGGCGCGCGCGACGCCGCGGCGGAAGCUCUUCGCCGCGCCGCCGCCGGCGCGCUACGACGACGCCGCCGUCGCGACGCCGCUCCAGGUCGGCGUCACGGAGCGCUGCGCGCGCCUCGACGCGCGGCGGGACCGCGGCGGCCCCUGGGCCGUCGCGCGCGUGUCCGCGGCGGGCCGGCGCUACUGCCUCGCGCGCGUCGACGCGCCCGAGGGCCUCGCCGCGGGCGCGCGGCGGCGGCCGCGGCGCGUGUCGCUCAAGGCGCCGCUCGUCAUCCGCAACGCCCUGCCCGUGGCCGUCGACGUGCGCGUGCUCGCGCUCGCGCCGCCGGGCGACGGCGGCCGCGGGCUCAAGAGGAAUUCCGACGACUUCGCGACGCCGCGGCCGCGCGACGCCGGGCGCGCGUCGUCGCGCACGCGCACGGCGAGCCGCGGCGGCCGGGAGCGCUGCGUCGUGCGGCGGGCGACGCUCGAGAGCGGGGGGCUGCUCGCCGUCGCCGAGGCCGACGUGACGGACUACGUGUGGCUCGCGACGCGCGCGGACCCGGCGUCGUCGUCGUGGUCCGUCGUCAAGCUCAACGCGCGGUCCUGGCGCCGGCGCGUGGCCGCCGCCAGGGCUCUCGGCCAGGCGCCGCCGGCGCGGCGGAAGGCCGCCGAGGAGGACGCGUCGUCGUUCGUCGUCGCGGUCGAGUCGGCCGAGGACGUCGCGGGCCCCGCGGACCCGCGCGCGGCGCCGCGCCGCCCGGCGGCGGACCCGGCCUUCUUCGGCGGCGGCGCCUUCGCGCUCGACGUGACGCUGGCGGCGCCCGCCGUCGUCGUGGACCGGUCGGGCCUCGCGCCCGGCUUCCUCGCGGCGCCGGGGAACGCGCGCGGCCGCGGCGCGCGCGGCAGCGUGUCCUGCGACGCCUUCCGGCGGCGCUGCUUCGCCGACGCGCGGCGCCACGCGCGGCUCGCCUGGGUGCGCGACGACGCCGAGGACGCGCGGUUCCUGCGGGACCCGGCGACGACGCAGAUCCUCACCGUCGGCGGCGACGCGUCCGUGGUCCCGGGCUUCCGCGCGUCGCACCUCGUGAGCGUCGAGGCGUCCUGCGACGCGACGCUCGUCGUCGCCUUCGACGCGCGGGCGACGUGCCGGCCGCUCUGGCUCAUGGAGGGCGGCUUCGGGCGGCGGCCGUCGGCCGCGGGCCGGCGGACCGCGCGGAUCUUCGCGUCCGACGGCGCCAAAGCCCCCGUGCGCUUCGACCUCUACGAGAAGGACGUCGCGCCGGGCGACGUGUGCAAGCUCGGCUGCGUCACGAGCCGCGGCGACGCCAAGUCGCGGGCCCGGGACGUGCACAUGUACGCGGCGUUCCUCGUGUCCAGAGGCGCCGCGGCCACGAUGAACGACUUCAGCGACCACGGCGACGCGUCGAGCGACGACGGCGACUCGGAGUCCGACGGCGCGUCGUCCUACUACGAGUCGGCGCUCGAGGAGGAGGCGGCGGGCGACGAGUUCUUCGACUGCGUGGACAACGAGGCGCGCGCCGCGCCGGCGCGCGCCGCGGCGCGCGUGCACCUCCUGAGCUCCGCGGACGCGCUCGUCGUCGCGGGCGGCGGCGCGACCUUCGCCGCGUCGCUCGGCGCCGCCGCCGCCGCGGGCGCGCCCGUGCCCUUCGAGCUCGGCGACAAGGCGCUGUGCCUCGCGGUGUCGGCCGGCGCGGCGGCGGCGCGCGUCGUCGCGGUGCUGCCGCGCUUCGUCGUCCUCAACGCGCUGCCCUGCCGCCUCGCCGUGCGCGCCGGCGACGCGCUCGUUCUGGUCGAACCCGGCGCGCGGGCCGCGGCGCACGUCGGCCGGCGGACGGCCGCGCGGCUCCAGGCGCUCGACGGCGGCGCGGUGCUGUCGUCGCUGGGCGACGUGCGCCUCGACGCCCACGGGUCGACGCCCGUGGCGCUCGCGGACGCGUCGCGCGGCGGCGUCGCCGUCGCGGACCUCGCCGCGGCGAAGGUCGCGCGCGUCGAGGCGCGGCCGCGCGCGGGCCCGGGCGACGACUUCGGCACGCUGCUCUGCGUCGGCCUCGAGGACGCGGCGGUCGCCGCGCCCCUCGUGUCCGUGGCCAACGAGACGGACGUGCUCGUCGCCGUCUGGCAGGCGGGCGCGGCGCCGCGCUACUGGCUCGUCGGCCCGCGGUCCGCCGCGCCGUUCGGCUGGGACGACCCGUCCGCGCGCGACCGCCGCGUCGCCGUCGUCGCGCUCGCGAACCGGUCCCGGGCCGACGCGGCCGCGUUUUUACGGAAACACGGCCGCGCGCUGGCCCGGGCCGCGCCGGCGCUCCGCGUCGACGGCGGAAGCGACCGGCGGAGCCUGCCGCUCGCGGACGAGGCCCGCGGCGCGCUCGACGUGCUGUCGGCGCACUGGGGCGUCGACGCGGUCGUCGACGCGCGCGGCGGCGGCGCCGUGCUGCGCGUGGCGACGCGGUCGACGAGCAGCUACGACGCGGCGCUCCACGAGGCGUGCCUGCCGAGCCCGCUCGCGCGCGCGUCCGAGUUCGCGCUCCGCGUCGCGGCCGCGUCGUGCUCCGUCGUCCUGGACGAGGCGGCGGCGCGCGGGCGGCCGCGCGCGCGGCGCGAGGCGCUCUUCGCGACGUGCCGGCGCGUCGAGGUGAGCGCGCGGUCCGCGAACGCCGCCGGGGGCGAGAGCCAGGGCAGCAAAAGAGAGCGAAAUUCCCAACUUCAAAGGCUCCUUUCUCGGCCGUUUUCCACUCGUUUCGGCUGA